AUGGAGGUUUCUGUGAGGAGUGACGUGGUGUGUCCAACUGGGACAAAGAAAGAAGACUGGGAUGCUGCCGUCCAAACUGCAUAUGGUUCAGCCACCUCAGACUGGCAGGUGAUGUUCCAGAAGGAAGGGCAGCUGAAACCGAUGGAACUGUCUGAAGCUCGCACACAGGGCUAUUUGUUUGACAUGACAGCGGGACGGCUUUUGUUUCGUACACCGUAUGGACAACCGCACUCAUUUAACAAGGAGGUGAACGGUGUUCCAGUCGAGGUCAUCCAUGCAACUCUGUUCUCCAGACAAAGCUGGGUUGUCCUCAUGGUCCACCUUGAGGCUGCUUGCUCCAUUUCUGAAGGAUCAUACGAUGAUGCUGGAUACAUGGUGUGGGAGACUCCUGAGAUGCUGAACCCGCUGGUGUCUGGUCUGACCUACACACAGGUCAAUGUCGGUCUCAAUGGUGAACUUUUGGAGCAGUCGGUUGCAGAGGAGAGCGGCUUCAUUGUGGAGAGGCACAACGGCUCAGUAGAGAUCAGCAUCCCCUAUAAUGCGGAAGGAGGAUACAGGAAGAGCUUUGUGUCUGGGGACCUCUACGAGUACUACAUCUUUCAUCUCCACCUGGAGCAAAUCGAAGGGGAUGAGGAACAUGUUGACACCAGACAACGCUCUCACAGGACACUCGUAACUCCUCUUCUGCCACGUCAUGUUUAUACAGAGAACCGUAAGUCUAUCUUUGACUUAACCUUUUUCACAAUCUACCUGGGAGAUGUUCCCGAGGAUGUCGAGCUCUCUGCUGUUCAGCUAAAUGAAGAGGCACCUAUUUAUAUAUUUACAAUUGAGGGUGGCCACAGCAUCACAAAGGUUGUUCAUCCCAACAACACCCAUGGCUACACUCUGCAGGUGCCUUUUGAUGACCCUGCUGUCAUUAAGAAGUUCUCCAAAGAAGAUGAAGCUAUGCAGCACAUACUGGAAGUCACCUUCACACUGACCGUUCUGCCAGAGAAUGAGCCGUUUUUCCACGUGACGUCAGUCAUGGCACUAUCGGACAUCGCUCCUCCAGAGUUUGACGCCAUCUGUUCCGGGUCUGGAAUCAUCUUCGAACUGGAGCACCGGCCUUCUGAUUACCUGUGGCAGAUCCGUAUCGGUUCUGACCUGCUGACGCCAGAACUGGCAACCCAGCAGGGCUACAUCCUGACCAACGAUAGCCAGAGUCUGCGGCUCAAAGUGCCGCUCUUCACGCCUGGAUACGUGUAUGGGGACAUUACUCUGACGGGAUUCCUUGGCACUUUUGAAAUCCUCAUUCAAUAUCAAGGAACAUCAGAGGUCCAGGGUUCAACUGUCAAGACGUGUCCAUUCACUACUGCCGAGUUCAUUUUGUGUUCCACUGAUGGCAAGAUGACUGUGGUGGCUGACUUGUCUAUGGCCAUCUCAAGUGGAGGAAUCCCUGCUAGAUCCAACCUCCUGAGCACGCAGUGUCGACCCAAAGAUGCCGACGACACCAGGGCUCUGUUCUCUUUCGUUCUCAACAGCUGUGGCUCCCUAAUAAAGCUCGGUAAGGAAUAUGUGACGUACGAAAACGAGAUUUCCCUCAGCAGGAAGCCCAUUUCUCAGAAAAAUCCAUCAAGUUCCAGCGAUGAUAUUGACCGGGUAACAGUGCAGUGUACAUAUCCUCUGGCUGGGCUCCAUCGUCUCUUCUCCUUUUACAAGUUUGAAUCUGACGCACCGGGUGUCGGCAACAUUGUUCAUUCUGUAUUCUCAACUCAAGUUCUACAAAAACCCGCAAUGGUGUACGACAAGGUGCUUCAAACUCCAGUGCCUGCAACCAGACGUACCAGACCUGUGUUGGUGAAGCCUGGUCACCACAACAAAGUGCAGACACGUUUACAGUAUCCCAAAUCCGUAUCCAGGACCUGA